UACUCCCCCUCCCUUUCCAGGCGGGGAUAUAAGCCCCGCAAGGAAAGCGCUGAGCAGAGGAGACCUCGGCUUGACCUGCGGGAGUGCAGCCCUUGGGACUUCCCUCGCCUUCCAUCUCUUGCUCAUCUGCUUCACGAGCUAUCGCUAUGGUGUUGGUGCGCAGGCCGUGGCCCGCCUUGGUCACAGUGCUUCUGGCCCUGCUUGUCUGCCUGGGGGCGAUUGUCGAUGCCUACCCCAUCAAACCGGAGGCUCCCGGCGAAGACGCCUCCCCGGAGGAGCUGAGUCGCUACUACGCCUCCCUGCGCCACUACCUCAACCUGGUCACCCGGCAGCGGUAUGGGAAACGAGACAGCCCGGAAGCGCUCCUAGCCAAAACGUUCUUCCCCGACGGCGAGGACCGCUACGUCAGGUCGCGGUCAAAGGGCGCAGACCAGUGGUGAGGACACCCGAGGCCUCCUGGGAGUUCUGCCGACCACGCCCUCCUCAUUUGCAUAUGCACUCCGGAACCCAGAAACCCGGAUUCCUCCUCCCGAUAGCGGCGUCUGGUCUGGGUUCGGGUGCGGCCCUUCGUUUGCGUCUCGUUGCCCCUGCCCCCUGGGCUGGAGGGCUGUAUGUAGUCCUUCCCUGGUCCUAAAAUAAAGAGCAAACUCUACAGAAA